AUCAGCUGACGGGCGGGCGGAGCCGGCGAUGGCUGCGCUCUUCGGCGGCGUGGAGGGCGGGGGCACGCACUCCAAGGUGGUGCUGAUCUCCGAGGAUGGCAAGAUCCUGGCUGAGACCAACGGGCCCUGCACCAACCACUGGCUGGUCGGCUCCGAGAAAUGCCUGGAGAGGAUCAACGAGAUGGUCAGCGAGGCCAAAGGGAAGGCGGGCGCGGAUCCGCAGGUGCCCCUCCGCUCGUUGGGGCUGUCCCUGAGCGGCGGGGAGCAGAAGGAGGCCAUCAAGAAGAUGAUCGAGGAGCUGCAGACCCGAUUCCCGCAGCUGAGCGAGAACUACUACAUCACCACCGAUGCCAUCGGCGCCAUGGCCACGGCCACCGACCACGGCGGCGUGGUGCUGAUCUCGGGGACCGGCUCCAACUGCAAACUCAUCAACCCCGACGGGACGGAGAUUGGCUGCGGAGGCUGGGGCCACAUGAUGGGGGAUGAGGGCUCUGCCUACUGGAUCGCACACCAGGCCGUGAAGAUCGUCUUCGACUGCAUGGACAACCUAGAGGUGCCUCCGCACGACGUGGGCUACGUCAAGCAGGCCAUGUUCGACUACUUCCAGAUCUCGGACAGGAUGGGCCUCUUGACUCACCUCUACCGGACCUUCGAGAAGUCCAAGUUCGCCGGGUUCUGCCAGAAACUCGCGGAGGGUGCUCAGGCCAGGGACCCGCUGUGCUGCUACAUCUUCAACAAGGCUGGAGAGGUGCUGGCCCGGCACAUCGUAGCCGUCCUGCCCAAAAUUGACAAGAGCCUCUUCCUGGGGGAGCUGGGGCUGCCCAUCGUGUGCGUGGGCUCCGUGUGGAACAGCUGGGACAUGAUGAAGGACGGCUUUGUCCAGGUCCUGAACCAGGCCAGGAGCGAGCAGCCAGGCAGCAUCUUCUCCAAGUUCAGCCUCUUGAAGCUGAAGCACUCAUCAGCGCUGGGGGGAGCCAGCCUGGGAGCCAAGCAAAUAGGCCAGGCCCUGCCUCUGGACUACACGGCCAACGUGGACAUCUUCUAUACGCACUCCUUCUAGGCUCCGUCCACUCCCCCCGGCGUGGGCUUCUCCGUCCCCCCGUACUGUCCACUCCGGGUAUCAGCCAUUCGUUUUCUAUUGUUGCCAUCUCUCUCCCUGGGUCCGUGUCCAAGUAAGAGGCUGCAUACGCCAAAGGGAACGUAUCCAGCUUUUGUACGAACGGGUUUUGUAAUUCAUUAAUAAAUGGCUCUGUGCA